AUGGAAUCGUUACCGAUGAACACUCUGCUCGAGUUUAAUAAGGAUACACUUCAAACUAUUCGAAAGGAUUACAAUUUGGAUAACCCAGGAAUCAUGGAUCAAGCUAUCGACGUUUUACAAGAGUGGGUGAAAAAACAAAAUCAUUUUGAAAAAAAAUAUUAUCCCAGAGAAUAUUUGGAAAGAAGAAUAAUUUUCUGCAAGGGUUCAGUGGAGAGCGCAAAGUCAAAAAUAGACAAGAAUUGCACUCUUAGAACUUUGAUGCCACAGUUCUAUAUGUUUAUUGAUUUUAAGACUGAAUACAAGUAUUCGAAAAUUAUGUGGGACGGGUUGUUACCUAAAAUGACUGAUGACUACUACAGAAUUUUUGUCGUAAAGAAUGUUGGAAAAAGUUUUGAUAAGGACUUUAUAAUAAGUUACUUUCGAUGGACAGUUGCGGCGGCUGAAUACUUAACAGCGAAUGAUUAUAGCAGAGGUGUAAUAAUAAUUAUAGACUAUUCGCAGACCAAUCUAGUUGAAUUACUAAAGUUAAUGGACUUUGUUGAAUUGCGCCAAGCUAUUACAUUAUUAAUUGAUGGCUACGGAAUGAGAGUAAAAGCUGUACAUAUAAUUACUCCAUCAAAAACUGCGGAAACAAUAUUUGCAUUUUGUAAAAAAAUGCUCAGCGCAAAAUUAAUUCAACGCAUUCAAAUACACAAGGAUUUCGAAUCACUGCACAAGGUUGUACAGAGAGAUGUUUUACCAGAAGAGCUAGGUGGUAACGAGAGGUCUAUUAUUAAAUUACACAAAGAAUGGGUUGACGUUCUAAGUUCAAAGGAGUUUCAAGAAUAUUACAGCGAAAUGAAAGCAGCUUCCACAAAUGAAAAGUAUAGACAGACUGAUAAAUUUAACGAAGAGUAUAUGGGAAUAGCAGGCACAUUUAAAACUUUAAAUGUAGAUUAG